AUGACGUCGUACUUGGUCUUCUUCGUUUGCAUCAUCAGAUCUUCGAUGGCCGCUUCCGAUGCAAGCGAUCAAACAGAUGCGGUUGCUGGUCACACACAAAAGGGAGUAGAGUUUUUGGAAAGGAUUGGGGCAUUUGCGAAGGAAAGAGCACUGAUAGAGGAAGAGUAUGCUGCAAAAUUGAGGACUCUAGCGAAAAAAUCACUUGGUAGAAAAAAAGAAGAUGAAGAAGCAGCGAAAAAUUUUACAUACGUCAAAUCAUUUGUUAAUCUGCUUCGAGAAUUGGAAUUACUUGCUGGACAACAUGAGGUGGUUGCUGAAAGGAUUCGCAAAGAAGUAGUUCCGUUUGUUGCAACCAGGGCUGGGGUACAUCGUGCUCAAAGGAAACAGUGUCUCUCAGAUCUCCAGGCAAUUCAUGCAAACCUGGCUGGCGCCAUGGAACACUUAUGUAAAGCACAGAAGCACUACGGAAAGUCGUUCAAAGAAGCUGAGGCUGCAUUUCUGAAGUACGCUAAAGCUGACAAGAACAUGGAGAUUUCUCGUUUGGAUCUGGAUAAAGCGAAGAACAAUGCUCAGAUGCGGAGCCAAAUAAGUGAGGAAGCCAAGCAGGCUUACGCUCAUGCUCUACAAGGUGCAAAUAAUGCUCAAAAUGCUCACUAUUCACAGCUCCUUCCUGACGCGUUAGCUCGAAUGAAGGUUGACCGAAAUGGUUCGACCGAAAUGAUCUCGGUGAUUAUCACCAGAAGACUUCAACGUCUUCAGGAUUUACAAGGAUGUGCAGCUGUCAAACUCAGCAAUUUCGCUUAUGUUGAGGAAACCUAUUUGCAAGCUUUCAUGGAUCAAACAGCGCAAAACCGACGACCAGGACGACCUCGAAUUUAUAUUAAUGACGCUGAACGCCAAAGGAGUCACCGCCUUAGAGAGACUUCACAGCAGCGCAGUAUCCGUUGGCAAGCAAACGCAGAGCAACAACGACGGAGGCGACAGAACGAAAACGAGGAGCAACGUUUGGUCAGACGCUCAGCUAAUGCAGCGCUUCAGGAAAAUAGACGCCAAAGCGAAGACGUUGAAGAGCGUUUUGCUCGGCAGAUGGCAAAUGCAGACCGCCAGCAAAGAAGACGCCAAAGUGAGAACGAUGGCCAGCGGUCUGCAAGACUACUGGAGAACUCACAACGCCAGCAAAGGAGACGCCAAAGUGAGAACGAUGAACAGCGGUUUGCAAGACUACUGGAGGACUCACAACGCCACCAGAGGCUACGACAAAAUGAGAACGAUGAGCAGCGAUCUGCCAGACUGCUGUCAAAUGCUCAACGUGAACAAAGGCGGCGCGAAAAUGAGAGUUCUGAGCAACGUUCAGCAAGACGCCCUGCAAACGCUGAGCGCCAACGAUUGCAACGACAGAAUGAACCAGAAGAACAGCGCGCUGAACGCUUACGCAACGACUCCGAAAGACAUAUUCGCCGUAAUGCCGCUCCUGAAAUGACAGGUUUAGCACUGCGUUCUCGCAUCACGGAUGUGAACUACCUUGGAGCACUAGAAAAUCGCUGUUCAAAUUGUGGAGCUUUGCACUUCGCCUUUGAAGUGAAGCGACAGCAUCCGUACAUUUUUUCUGAUUGCUGUGACCGAGGGCGAUUCAACUUGAAUCUGUUUGAGGAGUUUCCAGAGCAAUUAAAACAGCUCUUUGUGCGAGAUAGAGCGGCUCCCACAGAGAUGACGCACCGUCAGCGCAACUUUUUUGAAAAUAUAAGAGCAUUCAACUCUGCUCUCGCGAUGGCUUCGAUGGGGGCUCAAGUUGACACAAUUUCUGGAAGGGGGCCAUAUUGUUACCGAAUUCACGGGCAAAUCUAUCACCGACUGGGUGCGCUUCAUCCUCACCAAGGGGAGCAACGUCAAUUCGGUCAAAUAUAUAUUCUAGACACUGAAAUGGCUGCCCAACAGCGCCUUGGGAAUAUGCGGAAUUCGGACUGCGACCCUAACCUCAUGCUGUUUUUGAGUGAAUGGUUUGCGCGUAACAAUGUCUACGCUCAAUCGUUUAAAAUGAUGAGCGAAGUGGAGCAAAUGGAAAUAGCGGCAGCCCAGCGAGAAAAUCGGCAAACCAUACCAAUUCGCAUGGUAUUCGAUGACAGCAGAGAGCGGGGUUUUGCAAGAGGAGAGUACGCUAUUCCUACUGCAAACGAAGUAGCAGUCGUAUACGUGGGUGAAGAAAACGACGUUCCUGCAAGAAGGAGUCUUGCGGUCCAUGUUCGACAGGCUGCAGGAUCAAAGUUGAUGAACAUCAGUGACAUAGAUAAACGAUGCGAUCUUCUCACGUAUCCACUGCUCCAUUAA